AUGUACUUGGCUGUCUCUAGGGUAGCAGUCAGUGCAGUUUUAAUCAAGGAAGAAGAUAAGAAGCAGUUGCCAGUGUACUACGUGAGUAAGAGUUUACUGGAUUCAGAGACCAAGUAUAGUUUGCUGGAGAAGCUGGCUUUAGCUUUCGUGAUUGUAGCCAGGAAGUUGAGGCCAUAUUUUCAAUGUCAUUCGAUCGUAGUAGUGACCAACUUUCCCUUAAGAAGUAUUCUGCAUAGACCUGAGUUUUUUGGAAGAAUAAUCAAGUGGGGGGUGGAGCUUAGUGAGUAUGACAUCACGUAUCAGCCCAGAACAGUAGAUUUCAUAGCUGACUUUGCUCCAUCAAUACAGCCAGAGGCAGACAAAGAACUACUUUGCAUGGUAGGUCAAGCACCAAAGGUUUGGACCCUAUAUGUAGAUGACUCUAGUAAUGUCAGAGGCCGUGGUAUGGGGAUUGUGUUGAUUUCCCCAGAAGGGAGUGUGAUUCAACGGGCAGUUAGAUGUGGUUUCUAUGCAACCAAUAAUGAAGCAGAGUAUGAAGCUCUGAUCAUUGGUAUGAUGUUGGCUAAGGAACUUAGAGUAACAAGUUUGAAGGUUCACUCGGAUUCACAGCUGAUAGUGAAUCAGUUUUUAGGAUCUUACCAAGCCAAAGAUCCCACGAUGACUUGCUAUUUGGAGUAUGCAAAGUUUUCUAUAACUCAAAUUCCACGUGCGGAGAAUUCAUAUGCAGACGCACUAGCCAACCUUGGGUCAUCAAUCCAAACAACCCAAGGACAGACGAUUCCACUAGUACAUUUGAAGUGGCCAUCGAUCAAAAGUCAGAAGGGUUCAGAAGAUCAGAAUAACAAUGAAGUCUUCCCGGUUAGCGUGGACCAGACACGGAUGACUCCAUUUAUCCAGUACUUGGUUGAUGGUAUUUUGCCGACAGAGAAGAACGAAUCAAGACGCUUGCUCACCAAAGCUGCACGAUUCAACGCAGCCCAGUAUGUACUUGCAGAGUUGCAUGAAGGGGAAUGCGGUAACCAUUCUAGAGGAAGAAGUUUGACUCAUCGUGCAUUGACGACUGGGUACUAUUGGCUAACAAUGAGGUCAGACGCGAUUGAUUAUGUAGGCGAUGUGACAAAUGCCAAAGAUUUGCUCAGAUUCCUCAUAUACCUCCAGAAAGACUCACUCCUAUUAUGGCGCCUUGACCCUUCAUGA